GUAAGCUUAGCAAAUAUUUCUGGAAUCCUUUAUUUCAACUGAGAUGGUAAAUAGUUUAUGAUUUUUUUGGUGAAAGCUGGUAUUCUUAAUAUUGUAGACCAGGAAUAGCAAAUGGAAAAUUCAAACUUUUAGAAUCUUCCAGAAUCUAGGAAGAUGUGUUUCGGUACAUGAUUAAACUGUUAUUAUUUCUCAUUUCUAAACUUUAGGCUUCAUGAUUUAGAUUUUCAUUGAUAGGUUUUUAGUGGGACUUCUAACUUUAGAAUGCUGUAUCCUUGCCAGUUUUAAUCUCAGAUUUUAGUGCGCUGGGCAUAUUCCUUUACCUGUACAUGUCUACUUUUUGUGCAUUUUUAAUGAUUUUCUGUUCUGAUUAUUUUAAUCGGGCAUUUUUGCAAAUCUUUUGGGCAAUAGCCAAAAAGUUAAUUUUGGGUGAUUGUACAUUGCCCAAAGUUCAGAGAGCAAUUGCUACUUAAGCCUCCCUUAACUUCCAAAAUCCAAAAGAUGAGAGAAGAGCAGAUAGAAAAGCUUCGUGGAGUAGUGCGUGAUUGUGUGAGCAAGCACUUAUACUCAUCAGCCAUCUUCUUCGCAGACAAAGUAGCCACUUUCACCAACGAUCCUGCUGACAUUUACAUGCAGGCUCAAGCCCUCUUUCUCGGUCGUCAUUUUCGCCGUGCCUUUCACCUCCUUAACGCUUCCAAGAUCGUUCUCCGUGACCUGCGCUUUCGCUACCUCGCCGCCAAAUGCCUUGAGGAACUGAAGGAAUGGGAUCAGUGUCUACUAAUGCUCGGUGAUGCUAAGGUUGAUGAACAUGGAAAUGUAUUUGACACUAAAGAGUGCAAUGUCAUAUACUUGGAUAAAGAUGGAGAAGAUCGUGAGAUCAACAUAUCUUCAGCAAUAUGCUUUUUAAGAGGUAGGGCUUAUGAAGCUCUAGAAAAUCGUUCCCAAGCUCGACAGUGGUACAAAGCUGCUAUCAAGGCUGAUCCUUUAUGUUAUGAGGCUUUGGAAUGCCUUGUUGAAAAUCACAUGCUUACAUGUGAAGAAGAAACAAGUCUGCUUUCAACAUUGCAAUUUGGUCCUGAAGAUGAGUGGCUCUCUUUGUUCUAUUCCUGCUUGGUUAAAAAGUAUGAUAAAGAAAGUAUUAUAGAAGCCAAAUUUAAAGAGCUAGAAAAAGAAAGCGAGAAUGGCAACCCUUCCAGCACGAGUUUCAUGCAUACUUUAAAGAAAGAUACUGAUUUGCUUGCCUGUAAAGCUGAAUACUACCAUCAAUGUGGCGAAUAUAACAAAUGCUUUGAACUAACGUCUAUACUACUCGAGAAGGACCCUUUCCAUUUGAAAUGUACAUUGGUGCAUUUGGCUGCUGCUAUGGAGCUUGGGAAUUCAAAUGAGCUUUAUCUUAUGGCAUGUAAUUUGGUGAAGGAUUAUCCUCAAAAGGCUCUUUCAUGGUUUGCUGUUGGUUGUUACUACUAUUGUAUCAAGAAGUACGACCAAUCACGGCGCUAUUUCAGCAAGGCUACAAGUUUAGAUGGAACCUUUGCACCUGCUUGGAUAGGCUAUGGGAAUGCUUAUGCUGCUCAAGAAGAGGGUGAUCAAGCAAUGUCGGCAUACCGCACUGCUGCUCGUUUAUUUCCUGGGUGCCAUUUACCAACUAUGUACAUUGGGAUGGAGUACAUGCGAACCCACAGCUUUAAGCUUGCUGAGCAGUUUUUCAUGCAGGCCAAGACCAUUUGUCCUUCAGAUCCUUUGGUGUAUAAUGAAUUGGGUGUUGUUGCUUAUAACAUGAAAGAGUAUAAUAAGGCUGUGCUAUGGUUUGAGAAGACUUUGGCACACGUUCCAUCUUUAAGUUCAUUGUGGGAACCAACUAUGCUGAAUCUUGCUCAUGCAUACAGAAAGUUGAAGAUGUACCAUGAAGCAAUUUCGUGCUAUGAGCGAGCACUUGCAUUUUCAACUAGAAGCUUAAGUACUUAUGCAGGCCUUGCAUACACUUAUCACUUGCAGGAUAAUUUUACUGCUGCAAUUACACAUUAUCAUAAGGCUUUAUGGCUUAAACCAGACGAUCAAUUUUGCACUGAAAUGUUGAGUUUGGCCCUUGUAGAUGAAGGUCGCUGUGGCAUAGACCCAAAAAUUGAAUUUCACUGAAAAGGGAGCUUAAUUGUGAUGAUGCUGUAUUAUUCAUUUAUUUCAUGUUGUAAUGUAUAUGAAUUUAUUUUGCCAUGAUUCCUCAACAAGUCUUAUCUAAUUUGAUAGUUGUUUUAUGUAUUAUUAUUAGAAGAAGAAAUUGGCAAUUUUUAUCGUUUGCAUGGGUCUAUCCCUGACGGAAUUAUGUAAGCUGUAAGCCUCAACUUUAGCGGCAGUGAUAAUGUUUGCAAUGAAUUCAGGAACCACGAUGGUGAUUGGCUUGGUGGCUUCACGACUAA